AUGGCUUCAGUGUUUCAGUUGCGGACUCGUUUCCUCUGCACGUCCUCAAAAUGGAGGGUGAAGCAGGUGACAAACACCAACUUCGAAGAGUCGCUUCAAGAGAUAAAGACUCACAUCUCCGCCUCCGACUUCGUGUCCGUAUCCAUGGCGAAGACAGGCUAUCCCUCGCCACCGUCCUGGCUCCGUCCUCUCCCCUUCGACACCGCCCAGACCGCCUACUUAAAGGCCCGUCGCGCCGCCCACAGCUUCCAGCCGCUCCACUUUGCUGUCUGUCCCUUCUCCGUCGCUCGCUCCGACAAACUCGUCGCUCAUCCUUAUAAUUUUGUGCUGUUUCCGAGAGACGAAUUAAAGAAGGGGAUGCCCGCUUACAGCUUUUUGUGCCAGACAUCGCUUCUCGCCUCCAUGGCUAGCCGGGGCUUUGAUUUCAAUGCUUGCGUCUACAAUGGUGAGCUUCUGUUGUUUUUGCUUUUUGUGUGUUUUCCUUUGGUCGCGGAGAACGGCUUAGAGGUCAUGGCUUCAAAUCCUCUUGUGGGGCUAAGACUGAGUAAUUUACACUCCCUGCAUCUCCUUUUUGAUGUUGGCAUAUCAUAUCUAUCUCGAGCCCAAGAGUCAGUAGCUAAAAUUCGUUUGGGAACUUCUCUCUCUUCUCUUCAUGUGAUGAAAUCUUCUUCACCCCCUACUGUUGCUGAUACAGUUUUUGUUGAGAGGAUUAGAUUGCGGAUUAAACAUUGGAGAAAGACAUGUAAAAGCUCUGGGACAAACACAAGCAGAGAUGAAGAACUUAUCAACUCCCUUAGGAAUAUUGUCCUUGGCAAUGAACUGUUCAUAUCAAGACCUUGCAUGACUAUAGAUGUUUGCAGUGAACAUCAAGUGCAGCUAAUUCUCGAGAUGUUGGUAGACUACUCAGACGAACUUCUUCCUUUGCUGAUCCCUGCGAAGAGUGGGACCAUACUUGCCAUACGUAUUGUUCUGGUAGAUUCCAAAGAAGAUAAGGAUUUACUGGAGAGAGAGCUUCAAACUUUUGAAGACAAGGAGAGCAAGAAAAUACGAGGGUUUCGAGAGGUUAUCGAUUUGAUUUCUGCUUCCCAGAAACCUGUUAUCUGCUACAAUUGCCUUAAUGAUUGCACACUAAUUCAUUCAAAAUUCAUUGCACCACUUCCACUGGAGGUAGAUGAAUUUGUGGGCUCCUGGCGCUCAGUUUUUCCCAAUGUACUUGACAUAAAUUACUUGAUGAAGAAACAUGGAACCAUGAGAAAAGUGACCAACAUUUCGAGUGCUAUAUCGCACUUGAAUAAUUAUUUCUUUGCACCUGUUGAUUUGGAAAUUCCUGACCAAGCCACAGUAAAAGAAGGCAAGAUUGAUGGACUUAAUGCAUUGAGACUAUGCUAUUUAUUUACGAAGCUCUGCUCUAUAUUGAAAAUUUCCCCAUAUGUUACUGAAUCUGGCAAUAAGCAUUUGGCUACGGAGCUUGAAGACACCACCAAUGUAUUUCAUCCAUGCUUGCCCCCUAUUCAAGAUUCAUCUAAUGCCGGGGAUGUUGGCGUGUGGACCAAUAAUAGAAGAAAAAUCAGUUGCGAACAUUUGGUUUUCGUAUGGGGAUUCAAUCCUGGUAUGACAGCUGGCAUGAUAAAGAGUUUACUUCGUUCAUCGCAUAAUAUAUUUUCAAGAGAUUUUGAUGUUAAAUUGGUGGACAAGAGUUGUGCCAUUGUUGUUUUCUGGCACCCUGGAGUAUCAAAACAUUUUCUAGACAUAAUGACUAGUAAAGAAAUAAGUGGAGAAUUAAAGGAGUUGGUAUCAGAUGGCUUGAGGGCAACCAGUUAUCAGACCUACAACACAACAUGUAGGCUAGGUUUGUGGGAGAUGGAUCUUGCGGAGUCACUAGAAAGAGCCUUGGAAAGUUUUUGCUGUGAUAAAGAGAGUAAUUUUGAGAGAAAAUCUUCGGAAACUCAUUGGUAUAAUGACUGUGUAAUUAACUUGGAUGAUCUUUAA